UGAGCUGCAGCGGCAGCAGAACGCGGUGCGGAUCCCGGUGUGUGCCGAUGUCCGGAGGAGGAGUUGGGGGGGGGGGAGUCGGAUAAUCUAGCCAGAUCCUUCAGAGGAGUGGAUCUCUUCCCUUCACACACACACAUGCAGUAGCGUUUUUUUUUUAACUCCCAGCAGGGAUUUUAAUUGACUCACCACAGGUGACCUGUAACUGGUUGGAGAGAGAGAGAGAGAGCGGGGAGAGGAAAACAAAUGGAAAGGGAGCAGAGGGGAGGAGAAUGAGCGAGAGAGAGCGGGACCCGAGAGAUUCCUUGUUAACAAUGGAAGUCUCUUGCUCUGCUGGCUUUUGAUUUAAAAAGAAUAAAGGGGACUUUUCCUAAAGAAGGCCAACAGGAUUAUUUUGACAUCAGUUGAGUGUUUUGCCCCAUACAAGAAACUCUACUUUAAGAUGGAGAAGACGUACUCACUAACAGCCCACUAUGAUGAGUUCCAGGAAGUUAAAUAUGGCGGUCGCUACAGCAGUGAUAUCCUCAGUAAUGGUAUGACUCUUCAUUUGGGGGGCAGCUUGGACCGUCACAUGGGACGAAGUCGGGGAGGGACCUGGUCAGGUGGUCGAAACAAAGAUCCAGGGAGCACCGGCAACAGUGGGGGCCUCCCUCGAUGGAGCCGGAGGGAAAUCUGCCUCCUCUCUGCACUGGUCUUUGCUGCAGGCAUGUGUGUCAUCCUGGGAAGCAUGCUGGCACUCAAGUACAUUUCACUGGACGCCCACCAGGACAUGCAGUGCCGUCAGGACUGCCAGCGGAAACGCUCCCUCCUGCGGGCUGCUCGUUUUGUUCAGGCCAAUAUCGACCCAACCAUCCAGCCAUGCCAGGAUUUCUAUUCCUUCGCCUGUGGUGGUUGGCUGAGGCGCCAUGGCAUCCCAGAGGACAAGCUCAGCUACGGCAUCAUUACUGCCAUAGGAGAACAUAAUGAGGAGAAACUACAGCGCCUUCUGCUGGAGCCAAUUCGGAGGCGUGGGCCCAACUCAGCAGAGCGUAAAGUCAAGGAGUUCUAUCGAUCCUGCAUCAACAUCCAGGAGAUUGACAAGCUGGGGUCUGACCCCAUGAUGGAGGUAAUAGACAGCUGUGGAGGGUGGGACCUGGUGGGGGCUCCCCCUGGUGCUGCAGGGUGGGAAAGGGAGGGUGCACCACAGAGACCGGACUUUAAUGAGCUGCUCUAUAGGACGCAGGGAGAGUACAGCACUGCUGUCUUCUUCUCCCUCACCGUCAAUGUGGAUGACAAAAACUCCUCAAGGAAUGCUAUCAGGAUUGAUCAGGAAGGGCUCACACUGCCUGAAAGAAGUCUCUAUCUGGGCCAGGAUGAAGAUAGUACAAAGAUCCUGACGGCAUACAAGGGUCUGAUGGAGCGCUUGCUGAGCAUGCUGGGAGCUCACAACGCCACACAGAAGUCCACGGAGAUUAUACAGCUGGAGACCCGUCUGGCCAAUAUCACUGUGUCAGAAUAUGACGACCAAAGAAAGGACAUCAGCACCAUGUAUAACCGCAUCACCCUUAGGCAGCUGCAGCGUAUUGCUCCCAGCCUUCAUUGGAAACGUUUGCUGGACAGAAUUUUCCAUGACAACUUUUCAGAAGAUGAAGAGAUCGUGGUGCUCGCCACCGAUUACAUGCAGAAAGUCUCUGAAAUCAUCAAGACCACUUCGAAGAGGGUUCUUCAUAACUACAUGCUGUGGCGUAUUGUGGCAGCACUGAGUGAACAUCUGUCCACGGCCUUCCGCAGCACCAUCCAUGAGUUUUCCCGAGAGAUUGACGGCACUGAGCAGCAGCUGGAACUAGGCAGGCUCUGCCUCACCCAGACAAACAAACACUUCGGCAUGGCCCUGGGAGCCCUGUUCGUCCAGCAACACUUCUCCUCAGAGAGCCGGGCUAAGGUACAGGAGCUGGUAGAGGACAUAAAGCACUCUCUGGACCUCCGGCUGCAGGAACUUGACUGGAUGGAUGAAGCCACCAAGGAUGCUGCUAGAGCAAAGCUGAAGCACAUGAUAGUGAUGACAGGAUACCCAGACUUCCUGCUCGAACCUGAGCUCAUUGAUCAAGAAUAUGAAUUCGACGUGGACGAGAAGGCCUACUUCAAGAACAUCCUCAACAGCAUCAAGUUCAACAUCAAGCUGUCUGUCAGGAAAAUUCACGAAAAAGUGGACAAAACAGCGUGGCUUCUCCCCCCACAGGCGCUUAAUGCCUACUACCUCCCUAACAAGAACCAAAUGG